UUUGUAACAAUGAUGUUGGACAUGACUGUACGACGUGUUGCCUGAUCUAUAAAUUGACAUCAGUGAGUUAAAAUAAUGGAUGUUUGGUCAGGUAGGUUAGUUAGCCGUGAUGUUCCUUGAUAAAGUUAAGAAAUGACAACUCAACUUUAUCAGCAUAGUAAGAAAACCUGCAUUUACAGCAUCCAUUUAAAACAUGAUGAAUCCACUGCGACUGUCUCUUUAAGCUGAAAGGAUGACAACUGAGGACGUGGAGCGACUGUUGAUCCAGUUUCAGGACGAGGAUGGGGAGGUCCUGGGCUCACCUUUUGAUGUUCCUCUGGACAUCACGCCAGAUAAAUUGCAGCUCGUCUGCAAUGCACUGCUACAGAAGGAUGAGCCGGUGCCACUGGCGUUUUUCGUGCAUGGAGAGGCUGAGGUCGUGUCCAGUCUGGGGUUGUGUGUGAAUGCUCUUGGUGUAGAGACAGAGCAAGUCCUUCCAGUGGUGUACCAGCCUCAGGCUGUGUUCAGGGUUCGAGCUGUGGCCCGCUGCACCAGCACACUUCAGGGACACACAGAGGCCGUCAUCUCAACUGCUUUUAGCCCCACUGGCAAAUACCUUGCCAGCGGUUCAGGUGAUACCACAGUGCGUUUUUGGGACUUGACAACUGAGACACCUCAUCACACUGCCAGAGGACACACACACUGGGUGCUGAGCAUCGCCUGGUCAUCUGAUGGCAAGAAGCUGGCUUCAGGGUGCAAGAACAGUCAGAUCUGUCUGUGGGAUCCAGUGACAGGUACACAGAUGGGGAAGACUUUGACAGGACACACCAAGUGGAUCACUUGGCUCUGCUGGGAACCGCUCCAUCUUAACCCAGAGUGUCGGUACUUGGCCAGUAGCUCAAAGGACGGCUCAAUACGUGUUUGGGACACCGUGUUGGGACGCUGUGAGAAGAUCCUGACUGGACACACUCAGUCAGUCACUUGUGUGAAGUGGGGAGGAGAUGGACUUCUUUACACUUCCUCCCAGGACAGAACAGUCAAAGUCUGGAGAGCCAAAGAUGGUGUCCAGUGCAGGACUCUGCAGGGUCACGCCCACUGGGUGAACACCCUGGCUCUCAGCACAGACUAUGUCCUGCGCACCGGAGCUUUUGAACCCGCAACUGCUACUAUUAACCCCCAAGACCUCACUGGAUCAUUGGAAGAGCUGAAGGAGAAAGCUUUGCAGAGAUAUCACAAAGUUAGAGGUUCAGCUCCAGAGCGCUUGGUGUCUGGCUCGGAUGAUUUCACCUUAUUCCUGUGGAAUCCCGCGGAAGACAAGAAGCCCCUGGCCAGGAUGACCGGCCACAGCGCCCUCGUCAACGAAGUGCUCUUUUCCCCAGACACCAGGCUCCUCGCCUCUGCCUCAUUUGAUAAGUCCAUUAAAAUCUGGGAUGGAAAGACUGGAAAGUACUUAAUGUCCCUGCGUGGUCAUGUGGCAUCCGUGUAUCAAGUGGCGUGGUCGGCAGACAGCAGGCUGCUGGUCAGUGGCAGCAGCGACAGCACUCUUAAAGUUUGGGACAUCAAGACCGGGAAGCUUAACAUGGACUUACCAGGCCACGCUGAUGAGGUUUAUGCAGUGGACUGGAGUCCCGACGGACAAAGAGUGGCCAGUGGCGGGAAAGACAAAUGUCUGAGAAUAUGGAGAAGAUAGCCACACCUCUGUUGCCCUCUUACCUCACCCUCACCUCAACAGACAGAUUUCAUCAAGAAGCCUGACGUGCAGCAAGGGUGGCUAGACUGUACGCCCCCAGUCUGGUAACAAUGGCAUUGUGUCAAGGAACUCUGGUCCAGCCAUGAUGCAUAUGCCCUCUCCAGGUUUGAAAGCCAUAUUGGAAUAUUAAAGGUUGAACACUGUAAAGGUGUUUAACUGAGUUGAAAUGUAAAAUGGUGGCGUUUAUACCCUACACUGUAAAAUAUAUUGUCAGUGUCAGCAUCCCAGAUUUGAAUAUAAAAGAUAUUCCACUCAUGUACACAUUGCUUUGUACACCUUCAGUUUAAAGCCUUAUUAUCAUGCCAUGGCUGGAUAUGUAUUUAAAACUGAAUACAUAAUGCUACAGAAUCUAUUCUAAAGAAAUGAAAGGAGAUGAACAGGAUUUAACCAGCAUACAUAAAGUGUGUCUCCUCCUUCACCUUAAUCCUCACUGGAUGGACUAAUUACUGUAGGCGACAGGUGGACGGGGGAGGCGACAGGUGGGAGCGCUAAUAGCAUCUACUGUGAUGUUGGUGUCGAGCGCGCUCACAUUGCUCCUUCAGCCUUUAAUCUCCUCUGUCCUGCGAUCAGCAGAGCUUUGAUAAAGCCAACUGUCAGCGGCUCUGAACUCUCUGAUUCUCAUCCCAGCGAGGGGGGAAAAAAACAGUGUUUGUAUUUUCUCUGUACAACCGGCUUUGUGAAUAUUUAAUAUGAAUAAUAAAUAUUUACAGCACAACUUUACCCUGUCAAGUAAAACCAUGAAAAAUG